UUUGGAGAGGAUUACUUAACAAAGAAUAAACAUUAGAAGAUUAUUCCUGAUGAAGAAUUGAAUAAAAGAUGAAACCCACGGCGAAAAGAUAAUGUCGUCAGCAAACAAAGUUGGAAAAUAAUAGACGAAAAUGGAUAUUAACCAUGUAGUAUUGGACAGAGAAGCAAUCAACCGAUUCGAACAGUAUACGUUGGCAAAGCCAUCUCUCAAUGGGGGAAUCCCUUUGGAUAAAUGCCAAGAUGCCGAUUCGAUGGCAUCUAAUAGUAAAAAGAGAGCACAAACACCACGACAGAAAGUUGUAUGCUGCUUUUGUUUCAAAACAACCAAGUACAGACGAAAACAAUUCAUUAUUAGUUCUUUGACGAAUAGCAUAAUAUUUUCUAUACUACUAGCAUAUACUUUUCUUGGUUCUGUUAUAUUUCUUGCAAUCGAAGGGGGCGCAGAAGUACCCGCAAGGCCUAGAAUAUUACCGGAUAAACAAAAAAUAACUCACAAAGACGACAGUGGCAGAGACUUGAAUAAAAAGGACCCAGACGACGAGUACGAUAAUGGAAACUUAACACUUUCAGCGAACUAUUUCUGGGAUGCGAGAAGCAAGGCCGUUGAAAAUAUCUGGGAAAUAACAGUAUCAUUGAACAUUUUAUACAGGGAGAACUGGACGCGGUUAGCUGCACAGGAAAUUCUAAAGUUUCAAAAUGAGUUGAUGCAGAGGGUCACAACAGAAAUGGCAUCGCAGUAUGGCGUUAGUUACAGAGAAAUGGCUCUCGGGGAAUUCACCGGGAACGACUUUAGCAACCACUACGAAGAGCAUGACUGGAAUUUGGCGCUCGCAUUCUUCUACUCGUUAACUGUCCUAACAACAAUUGGUUACGGCAAUAUUGCACCAAGAACAAUAUUGGGAAAAGGUGUGACCAUCGCGUAUGCUCUCGUUGGAAUCCCGUUGACUCUUGUGUAUCUUUCAAGUGUCGGGUCAUUACUAUCAAAAAUGGCGAGGAGCGUUUUCAGUAGGGCACUGUGUUGCUGCCUCUGUUCAAACUGUGGGUACUGCUGUUACGACGAACGAAGAAUGGCUGAGAAAGAAAGAAGAAUGAAAUUAAAACGGCAACAAGAAGAAACUCUAAACAGUCAGAAUACAAGUAAAACCCCAACAGAAGAAUGCUACGUUUUAAAAACGGAUAGCCAGAAAGAUUCCUCAAUAUCAGAGAGGCCUACAACAAGCACAGCAAAAGAUGACGUCAUUAGCUGGCCCGACACAGACUCGAAAUUAUCAAUGCACGGUCUGAGCAUGCUGGCUCCUGUUUUACUUUGUCUCGCAGCAAUUUUCAUUUAUAUAUCACUAGGUGCUAUUGUACUUUAUAAUUUAGAUAAUAUGAGUAUUGUAGAUGGUUUUUAUUUCUGUUUUAUGGCUCUGAGCACUAUUGGGUUCGGUAGUAUUAUUCCCGGAAUGAGCUACACCACAAUCAACGGUGUCAGAUAUUACACAAUCAAUUCCACCGUUUUGUGGUUUUGUUCGGCAUACACUCUAACGGGAUUAGCUUUGACUGCAAUGUGUUUCGGUGUGAUACACGAUGAAAUAAUCUAUAGGAUAAAGCAUCAACAGAAAGAGUGGUCGCAGAAAAGUAACACUGUCAACGAUGAGGUUAAUAUCAGUGAAGCGUUUUACAUGAGCUCUUGACAGAUGUAUAAAGGUAAAUCCGAAAAUUUGUAUAGCAUAAUGGAGGAUAGUUCUAUAGUGGAACGUAAUAGAAUUGAUAUUGACAGUAGGGAAGUAGUUUUAAGUGUAGAUGAGAUGUCUGUGGCGAUGGAAUCAAACUCAGAUUUCCCGCCACCGCCGCCCGAAGAAGAAAUCAUAGCUAUAGUAACUAAAAAAGAACCAAAAGGUUCAUUAGUUGAUAUGGUAGCAUACAAUGCCCUUCCAGAAAUGCUCGAGCAUGUAAAUACAUAACUUCCAUUACUUUUAAUUGUACAUAAUAUUCAUUUUUUAAUUGAAUUUUUGUAAUUUAUAUUCAUUUACUGGCUGUGAUUCCAUUAUAAACAAUUACUUAAAGAGUGAAAUCUCGGAACUUAUUGUUAACGUUGGAAAAUUUUAUAUCAGCAAAUGUAAUUAAGUCGAUAAAUAACUUGUUGCAAUGUUUUAAAUCAACGUACCUACUAUUAAAAAAGGAAUUUAUUUAUCGCUUUCUCUAAUAGUAGUGUAUACCUAAGUCGAAAUGGAAACGUACAUCUCACAUUUUCCAGAUUUCAUGUUUUAAAUUUCAGCAAGAAUAAUAUCACAUUACUGUGAAACAAAUUCGUUCGUAAAUGUUUUCCAACGUUAAUUUGAAUUUAAAACCAUUUUCAUUGAAACCAAACACGAUGUCGAAUUUAUUUAAAGAAAAAAGAGAAAUAGGUACCUACUAGAAGUAUAAUGUACAUUGUUGUAAAUAUUUGUUGUAAGUUCUAGAAUAAUAUGUAUUAGUAUGAUGUGUGACAUCUUUUACCUAAAUCUAAUCGUAAACUGUUAAUAUCAAAGAUAUAGAUGUAACGAUUUUCAUGUGAAUAGUAAAACCUUUGUAAAAAAUAUCAAUUUAUUAAAAAAAUAAAAGAUUGAAUU